AUGCAUCAAGACGACGUGCAGCAGGACCGGGUUUCUCAUCAGGCCCCGGAGCCAGACACGCUGGUAGCAGACGACCUGAAGGAAAAGCAGCUCCACAACCAGCAGCAUGAUGAUUCGGCAGAACUCUUCGCGGGGGACACCUUCGCUUUCGAGUACACUGAAGAGGAAGCGACCAGAGUCCGAUGGAAGUUGGACCUGUCUAUGCUUGCGAUGAUGACCAUGUCGUACUUUUUGUGUUUCAUUGACAAAGUCGCGCUGUCAAACGCGUCCAUCCUGGGCCUCCGAACCGACAAUCAUCUACAUGGCCAGCAAUACAGCUGGGUAUCAGGGAUAUUUUACUUUGGCUAUCUGAUUGCGCAAUAUCCGAGCUCGAUCUUAAUGCAGAAAUUGCCAAUCGGUCGGUAUUUUGGCGGCAUGGUUGCGCUCUGGGGUGUCACGACGACCUGCAUGGCAACAACCCAUAGUUUCGCGUCCCUUGCUACGGCCAGGUUUUUCCUGGGCGUGUUUGAGAGCUGCUUGCACCCUGUCCUCACGAUGCUGGUUGGCCAGUACUGGACUCGGAGGGAGCAGCCCCUGCGAGCGUGCAUUUGGUGGGCUGGGGGACCGCUGGGCGGAUUCACGCUCGAUGGCAUUGCUUACGCAGUUUCCGGUUCGAGUUCACUGGGAUCCAAGUAUGCUGAAUGGCAGGUCUUGUUCCUUAUCUUCGGGCCCAUCAGUAUCGCCUGGGGCUUGCUGCUUUUCUUCAUCCUCCCAGCGUCUCCCAUGAAGGCCUGGUUUCUCACAGAGCGGGAGAGGAAAGUGGCCGUUAUGAGGGUCAUCAAGAACCACACGGGUAUCGAGAAUCGCAACUAUCGGCUAUACCAGGUCAAAGAGUGUCUUACAGACAUCCAGCCAUGGAUCUUCUGGUCGCUGGCAUUGCUUCAAUGCGUCGUGGGGAGUGGAUUGACCAACUUUGACAAAAUCGUGCUCACGGGCUUGGGCUACGACGAACACGAAUCCUCAAAGAUGGGCUUCGGGGGCGACGGAGUCCAGCUGUUCUCUGUCGUAGCUACUGGCAUCAUAACACUCCGCAUACCGAAUACGCGAAUCAUCACGAGCAUUGUGUCGAACAUUAUCGUAAUUAUUGGCGCAUGCAUCGUCAGCACCCAGACAGACAACCACACCCGCCUGGCCGGCCUGUAUAUCAUGUACGUAAAUACUGUCACUUAUGGAAUGGUGAUGAGCCUGGUUGCGUCCAAUAUCGGAGGCUUCACGAAAAAGGCAACAUGUAGCGUCAUGGUAUUUGUCGGCUACGCUACAGGACAAAUCAUCGCACCUCAAUUCUUCCGCGACAACGAGAAGCCGUCGUACCCAACGGGCUUCCGAGCUUUUUACGUAUCCACAGCCCUCAUGGUCGUCAUCCUCAUUGGCUUGUACAUCCAUCUCUGGCGCGAGAAUAGGCGCCGCGACAAGAUCAGCUCUGCGUUCAAUCCCGACGAUCAAGCUGACAUGAGUGCAUUUUUGGACAAGACGGAUAAAGAGCAAACUUCGUUCCGCUACGUGCUUUGA